AUUUUCAGUAUGGUACAGGGGCUUAAGCCUUUGUAAUGCAUCUUUGCGCCGGGGGCCCCUGGAUUUCCCGAAACCGCUGGCAUGGGGGGGGGGGAUGUCCCCAUCUCAACAAUAUCUAAACAACUGCCGAUUAAACGUACACCGAUGCUUCACGGCUCCUCUUCAACAGCCUUUACGUGUUGCCAGGUUCAAGGCGACCUUGACCUGCGGUCGCCUGGUCACUCUGCCCAAGUUAGCCUUCUUUGCCUCUCGAUAUAUGAGACCAACGAAUGUGGCAUGAACUCUGCUAGUAAUGGAUCCACCUCGCACACCCAUUCGGAUUCCUCAAUCAUGCCAACAGAAAAGGUCCGUUCAAAGAGAUGGGCGCCAAAGACAUUCAACGGGUGCUUGACCUGCAAGAGGCGGCGAGUCAAAUGUGAUGAAUUGAAACCCAGCUGUGAAAGAUGUAUCAAAUCCAACAUCAAAUGCGAUGGCUAUGCACCGCCAAAGAUCAAACUCUUCGAACCUACCUCAAGUUCAUCCUCUAUUACACCUUCCUCAACUAGGCCCACCCCUCUUUCCUUACUUAUCAAUCAACCCCCUGAGAACAGGCAGCUGCAGUCGUACCUCACUACACAUCCUCGCCCACGAGAGCUCGCCCUGAACCCAAGUUUUGGGACCGAAGAAGAAUAUCGAUCCUUUCAGUUCUUCCUUGAGAAGACCGCCGACCUCAUUUCAAUCUAUUCGCAACCAUAUUUGUGGACUGUUCUCCUGCCUCAAGCCACAUGGCAUCAACCAGCCAUCAAGCACUCCAUCAUCGCACUCGCCAACCUGCAUCAAUCUCUGAGUACUACGGGUACCAUCUCGAGCCGCGCCAAUCACAGCUUCAUUUACCACUAUAACAAUGCCAUCAGAGCACUUCUCACAGACAGACCAGCGGUUGACGUCGUCCUUGCUACAUGCGUCAUCUUCUGGGCACUCGAGAACUUCAAUGGCAGUGGGCAGGCCGCAAGCGACCAUAUGAAGGCCGCAAUCAAAAUCCUAGGAGAGUGGAAAGCCAAGGGCGGGCCCAACGAUCCCGCUCACGACCUUAUCACAACAUAUAUCGAGCCUGCUAUAAAAGACGGCAUUAAAAUGGUCUCGGUUGAUCUAGCCUCAGAACUUGAAGAUCUCAUCACGGCAUUGUCGAUGAGCCCACAAGACAUGCGCAUAUUGAGAUACAAAUGCCCUGCAUUUAACACACUUGACGUGGCAUGCGCAUAUCUAGGUGGUUGCCUGCAGAAGAUCUUCGAUUUGCGCUCUGCGCCUCACAAUGCCGAAGUCGUCAAUUCGAUCCACGAUAUCGAGGCAAGGCUGUGUAAAUGGAUGAAUUUCUUCCAAAAACUAACGGCUACAGGCGCCGUGCAUCAUCGACGAAUGCUUGUGGUGCACAAUAUCGGCGCACAUAUCCUGUUGGAUCGCCUUAAGGAGCAGGCCGAAGUGCCGACAGAAGAAGUGCAACCGACUAGGUGCCGUUUCACCUACAUUGUCUUUGAGAUUGAAGACAUACUCAAACACAAUGCGCUCGCCACAGCAGCAGACUGGACCGGACGGCCAUUGAGCAGCAUUUUCAUUCCACCAGUGUUUCUGGUUGCGACAUGCGCGCCCAAAGUUGAGGACAGAAGGAGAGCAAUAAACCACCUAAGUAUACUGAAUCUGGCAGAAGGGUCAUGGAACACCGAACUUGCAGCCAAAAUCGCAGAAGCGAUGCUCGACAUCGUGGAUCAAUUUUCGAUCCCGGCGCAGGAAGUGGCGAUGCGACAUAUGGACUUCAGUGUUGGACAGGAGGGCAAUACCUUGCAUAUGCGCUGGGAGCCCGAUUCUGCAGAGUGCCAAAACGUGGCCCUCUCCAGGGAAAUCGACAUGGGCGCCACGCCUCAGGCUGAUCAUCAGGAUUUACCGGAGGUCAUCAAACAUUUUGGCUACAGGUUUACGUAGCCAUAAGGCAUUUCGCCCUUGACUAGCUUGUCACGGCAUUACGACGUUACAGCGA